UGCAAUACGUCCGACAUAUUGUGAGUCAGCGUUGAGAUGUAGCGAACGUAUCACGUUCUUGAGCCGGGCGUCUUAACUCAUUGUAACUGAUUUUCUUCGCACACAGCAAUACAUCAUCUUACCAUCUUAAUUAAAAAUGUUAGACAACGCAACAUUAAUCCUCGCAGUGAAAAAGCGACCUUGUUUGUGGGAUACGUCACAUAAGUACUACACCGACCAAGCAGUUAAACGGAGAGCAUGGGAGGAUAUAGCAAAAUCAUUUUUCGAAGACUGGGAUGAGAUUCCUCCUUCUGAUCAACAAGCAGCAGUUGAAGAAGUACAGAGGAAGUGGAAGUCUAUCAGAGAUUAUUACACGCGGGAGAAAAGAAGAGAAGCGGAUGGCCUUUGUUCAAUACCUUCUAACAGACUAAAGAGAAAUCCAUAUUUUGAGUUGAUGACUUUUUUCCAGCCAUCGAGAAGAUCAACAAAAUCGUUGGUGAAGUACCAGCAUGAACCAUCUGAAGAAUAUGUUACUGAAGAAUUAAGUGAGGACUUCACAGAAGGGUUCAGCAACCAGUCACAAGAAGCAACUCAACUGCAGGGGUACUCGCUACAGGAGGUUCCAACUAAAAAACGUAGAGCUAUUAGCUAUACAGAAAGCACAGACGAAGUUGAGGCAUAUUACCAGGAACCAACGGCAGAUGUCGACGCUAACAAAAGCUUCUUGCUGUCUUUUGUACCUGAAAUGCAGAGAAUGACAGAACGUCAAAAUUUUGAAUUUCGUAUGGCAAUAAUGCACGCAUUAAACAAGAUUGUGUACCAAAUACCUGCGGACUCGUAAUAAUUUGGAAUGUAUUGCAGGCAGCAUUCUUGCGACUGUUUACAGUUUAACCAGCCUUCUGGCUAAGCUUGCUACUUCAAAAUAAUACGACCAUUUUCUUGGCAUAGAACUGGUAACGAUUGAAACAUUACAAUUGUAACUAUUUUGUAAUAAAAUAAAUGAAAAUUCAUACAAAAG